GACGGAUGCCGGGAGGUUAUGUCUCCGUCUGAGGAAACGUCGCAGGUUAACCCUGUUCUAGGGACGGAUGCCACAGAGCAAAACAAAGAAGGACCAACGGUCAGACCAUCUGACCGGGGCGUCGUACCAGGUAUGUCCUCUUGUAGACCCAGUUUUUUCUUUUCCGUUGUACGGUCGAAUCUGGCGAAGAGAGGACAUAACCGACGGUCUCUUUUUUGCUUUAACCUCUCCUCAGCUUUGGUCAUACCAGCAACUACUGGGACCAUUGGUGACGACUCCCCCCACAGGGUAGCUUUCUCGGAUUCCCCUACCGGGGAUCCUUUGGACCCGCAGAGCCAAAAUCUUAUUUCGGAGACGCAAUCCUUGGCCACAAGGCUGUUCGGUCCCGUCCAAGCGACUCCUGUCUCAUCUUCCUGGAACCAGGUCGUUUUGAGUUCGAUCCAGACAGAGUCUCAAAGCGGGUUGAAUAAAGAGACUCGCACCGAGCUUUUAUCGAAAUACGAGGUAAAAGAGGAUCUAGAGGCACUGGUCCCCCCAAAACUUAAUAAAGAGCUCACAGCGGCGUUGACUCCUGCUGUUAUAAAACGAGACGAAUAUCAAUUACUCUUACAAAAGCAGGUGAGCGCUUGUCUCAAUGCUUUCGGUUCCGGCGUGUCGCUUCUUUUGAAGCCAGAAGCUCUGGAAGACCUCAAGGAUAACGUCAGGUCAGCACUAUCAUUUUUUUCUGAAGGCAUACACCUGCUGUCUGACCAUCAGUAUCGCCUCUCCUUAACUAGGAGGGCUUUCACGAAACCCUCACUAAAUAUCAUCGGUAAAAACGCUGCCGAAACGGCAGCCGUGGAUGAAUUUCUUUUUGGUAAGAAUUUUGCGGAUACCCUUAAAGCAGCGCAGAUUUGCGAGAAGACAGGUCGCGAGAUGUCCAAAACCACCCUACAAGUAGGGAAGAAAACUCUGCAGCCGAUUCGCCAGACGCCUCAACAGCGAAAUCAACCUCCGACAUCCAGGCCUCAGUAUACGGGAAACCGGAAAGUCCCUGCUCGUCUGCCGGCGGCCCGUCAAGCAGGGACGUCUCACUACAGGAACCGCCAUCAUCGAUCCCAGUCUCGGACUCGAGCGCGACAUCGACGCUAA